AGUUCAGGGCGAGAAAUGGGCGGUGAUUUCAGUAAACAGGAUACAGAUAGAGGAUUAUCUCAGGAGCCCGACACUUCCAGGCUGAACUCCAACUGCAGCAGACAGCAGCUCCAGGAGCGAGGAAAUCCUCCAGAUAUGAAGCAUCGGCUGCUCUUCUUUGUGCUGCUCUUGGAGAUCGGAGAUGGGAACGGAUUUGAUUGGGGUUUCUUUUCGAGACGUGUGACAAAAGUGAACUGCAAAUGGGGCCCCUAUGGACCUUGGUCAGAAUGUGAUGGCUGCUCUAAGACACAGACCCGCAGACGGACCAUCGAGGUCUACGCCCAGUUUGGAGGCCUGGAAUGCACUGGAAGUUCUUAUGAGACUCAGCCUUGUGUUCCCACCAAAGGAUGUCCUAUAGAGGACGGCUGCGGGGCCAGGUUUAGAUGCUUCUCAGGUCAGUGUAUCAGUAAAGCUCUGGUGUGUAAUGGCGAUCAUGACUGUGAAGAAGACAGCAGCGAUGAGGCCAACUGUGAUGAGCGGCAUAAAGUGUGCGACAUUGAUAAAUACCCCCCCAAUACAGAGUUAACUGGACUGGGUUUUGAUGUCACCUCCCAACAGCUGAAGAGCGGCGUCAUUCAUACGAAAAGCUUUGGCGGAAAGUGUCGUAAAGUGUUCAGCGGUGAUGGCAGAGACUUCUACAGGUUAAGUGACAACCUCCUCACCUACACCUUCAAGGUGGAGGCUAAGAACGACUUCAGCUAUGAUUUCUAUAACAGCAGCUGGUCCUACGUGAAAAACACAGAAGAAACAGUGCGGUCCAACUACGCUGGGAACAAGGACGUGUCCAGAACCUUCUCAACCUCCAAAGAAAAGAGUUACCAGUUCUUGGUUAUCAGGAAUCACGUAGAAGUGGCGCAAUUCAUCAAUAACAAUCCGGAACAUUUACUGCUGGCGGAGCCGUUCUGGAGAGAACUCUUCACCCUCCCUUCCGUCUACGACUACACCACUUACAGAAGGCUCAUCGAAAGAUAUGGAACCCAUUUUCUACGCUCUGGAUCUCUGGGUGGCGAAUAUGAAUUCCGUUUUCUUCUAGAUACUGAGAAAGUGACGCAAUACGAUGGAUCUAAGACAAAUUUUGAGCAAUGCACUUCCUCCAGCUCGGGAUUUCUUUUUAUUAAGACUUCAAAAACAGAAUGCAAAAAGUUGUUUGAUGCAAUAAGAUCAUCCUCAGGUGGCAGCGCCAAAGAGAUUCGAGGCCAAGCAAUUGUGAAAGGAGGAGAGCCCAAAUUUAUCUCUGCCCUCAGCUAUUUCUCCCUGGAAAACCCAGUGGCAAAUGACCAGCGGUAUGCGUCCUGGGCCGGCUCCGUGACCAAUCUGCCAAGUAUUAUAAAGUUUAAGCUCGCUCCAUUAUAUGAGCUGGUGAGAGAAGUGCCAUGUUACUCAGUUAAAAGGCAGUACCUGAAACGGGCCAUAGAGGAGUAUAUGAGUGAGGACAGUCCAUGCCGGUGUAAACCUUGUCAGAACAAAGGGCUGCCGGUGGUCGAGGGUACAAAGUGUGUGUGCCACUGUAAGCCAUACACAUAUGGAUAUUCGUGUGAGCAAGGCGUGCUGACCCAGGAUGAUCCCGGGGUUAUUGAUGGUAACUGGGGCUGCUGGACAUCCUGGAGUACCUGCGCUGGGAGCACUGGGAGACGAGUGAGAAGCCGCGUCUGUAAUAACCCUUCUCCUGCUGGUGGGGGGAAGCACUGCACUGGGGACUCAAUAGAAAGCCAGAAAUGUGAAGAGGAUGAGUUACUGCAUUUACGUACGGUGGAGCCGCACUGCUUCGACAUCAAAAUCUUACCAACAGAGUUCUGCCCAGCCCCCCCUCCACUGGAAAAUGGCUACAUCCAGGACGACGACGGCUCUCACCAUGUUGGAAAACGCAUAAUAUACGCCUGCCACGGCGGAUAUACAAUGACGGGUGACCCCAUUGGCGAGUGUAACGAUGACCGACAGUGGCGAAUCGGUGCCAUGCAAUGCAAACGGGUGAUGUGUUCCGCUCCUCAUCUCCCAAGGGAUGUUAAAGCUGCUCCGGAGAAGGACUCCUAUGAAGUUGGGGACAAGCUGAGGCUGUCGUGUCCCCCCGGGCUGGAUUUGGAUGGUCCUGGUGUUAUCCAGUGCAGUUCAAGCCUAACCUGGAAUCCUCCUGUGCAAAGCAUCCAGUGUAUGAAGAGCGAAGCCGCAGUCACCCAAAAAGUGGAUGAUUCCAAAUGCAAACCGUGGGAAAAAAUCCAGGACUCUACGUGCACCUGCAAAAUGCCUUUUGAGUGCGGUUCCUCGUUGGAUAUAUGCGCCAUCGAUGGUAGAACAAGCAGAAACGUGGCGCUAACCGUCUGUAAAAUGCACGCCCUGCAGUGUCUGGGGAGGACAUACACCCUGACCAAGGACGCAGACUGCAAAUUCCCCCAAAAAGCAGAGCGGACAUGUGACUCGUGCCACUUGUGGGAAACCUGCUCAGAUAAAUCCAACGCGUGCGUCUGUAGAGAAGCCCGGACCUGUAAAACCGACGGCAUCAGCAUUUGUGUCCUAGUGAAUGGCAAGAAGCAAACCCUGAGUGAAUGUGACGCCGGGAUCCUGAAAUGCCAAGGGGAAGAGGUGUCGGUUGUCAGCACAAAUCCCUGUGAUGUCUAGAGGAAUCGGAGCAUUGUCCGCCCCUGUCAGCUGCUCCAUGCCAGAAAAUGUCAUGGAAUCGUUCUGUGUCUUCUUUCUUCUUGUUUUAUAUCAGCUAAAAUAAUUAAAACCCGUUCUGUACCAUG